UCGUCAGUUACCAUCCUGUUGUCGGAGAGAGAUCAUACAACGCUUACGCUCCACCCUCUCGAUGCCAUCCCUGUGCGGUCCCCUAUUGGCAGUGCAUUUAAUUAUGUAAGAUUUGUGGUUUGUGGAAUUGGACCAAGCUGUGAUAAAAGAAUACAUUGACAGUCGCCAGUGACGGGAUUUUGGUAUCUGUUGGUGGGAAAAUAGGGGGAAAAAAUAGCAAACUGGAUCGAGGAAGAGAGAGCAUAUCCCACUGAGGAUAGUCGAUAAAGUGAGGGUAGAUGGAGGGUUGUAAAGUGAACGUCCUAUUCUUGUGACUAAGAAAACAGUGCUCAGUGCAAGCAGGCAAGCAUGGGGAGUUACGGGAUGCUUAUCAACACGCCAGCCUCGUACGGGGACAACGAGGAUCCUUACCCGAGCCUCAGCGACUACCACGACUACGAGCCCAACCUGGAGUUCGACGACACGGAGCUGCAGAGCGCCUCCUCCGUCACCGAUCUCCCGGAGCUCCUUCCGGCGGCCACAGACUACCUGGAGUCGCCCGUGUCGGAUGGGACGAUCGAGGAGAACUUCGAGGCGGAGCUGGGCAGCGCCCUCGGGGAGGAGGACGAGCAGGCCCUCCACCACACCUUCACGGACGACAACGACUUCACGGACAUCGCCAGACACGGAAUCGUCGACAUCAUCGGCGACGACACGUACGGCCGGAAGGUGAUCGUCGUGUCCGCCUGCAAGCUGCCAAGCAACAAAUAUUUCAACCAUGAGAAAUUCCUCAAGUACCUGAUGUUUACCCUAGACCAGUAUGUGGAGCAGGACUACUCCCUGGUCUACUUCCACUACGGCCUCAACAGCAAGAACAAACCCCCCGUGUCGUGGAUGUGGUCAGCGUACAAGGCCCUGGACCGAAAGUACAAGAAGAAUCUGAAGGCCCUCUAUCUCGUCCAUCCCACCAACUUCAUCCGCGUUGUUUACAAUAUCUUCAAGCCUGCCAUUAGUGCCAAAUUUGGACGAAAGGUGAUGUAUGUGAACUAUCUACAUGAACUUCAGCAGCAUCUUCACCUUAGCCAGCUACCUAUUCCACAGUGUGUCCAACAACAUGACCAACAACUUGUUGCCAAGUUGAAAAGUCUGCCCAAAACCACAGGGUCAGGGACAAACAAGCCAUUGCCUACACAGCAGUUUGGGGUGUCUCUGCAGUACAUCAAAGAUGCCAACAAUCAGGACCCCAUUCCACCUGUGCUAAAGAACUGCAUAACAUUCCUUGACCAUCCUGAUGCACUGGAGACGGAAGGACUCUUCCGUCGUUCAGGUGCAGCAGCUGUGGUGAAAAGUGUCCAGGAACGCUUCAACAAGGGUGAAGAGGUGAACUUUGUACUGGAGACUGAUGUACACAUUGCAGCUGUUAUCAUAAAGACUUUCCUGAGGGAACUUGAAGAACCACUCAUGACCUUUGAGCUCUACGAUGAAAUUAUCCAGUUCCAAGGUUUGAGUAAGAGUGAGCGUCUCAUCAGCAUCAAACAGAUUCUUCUGGAAAAGUUACCGGAGGACAACUACCUCGUUCUCAAGUUCCUUGUUAACUUUUUGUCAAAGGUGAUGGAUCGCAGUGACUUGAACAAGAUGACAGCAAGCAACUUGGCUGUUGUCUUUGGGCCGAAUCUGGUAUGGCCGCGGGGAGGCCAGAUGUCCCUGAAUGCCAUUGCUCCCAUUAACCUCUUCGUGGAGAACAUGCUCUCCUAUCACCACCAGAUAUUUGUGCUCUGAAAGGACACUGCCAAUACGUCAAGCCCUUGAAACUCACAUAUGACAUUGAUUCUGAUCAACUAAUGUGUCUGGUCAAGACAUCUUUUCGAGCCAUAUCCUUUCAUCUACCAAUAUCAAUCAUGAUCAGGUUCACUCCUUCAUACCACUGAAGCAUCAACUCUAGAAUUAGUCGUUUUCAUUGUAGCUCCACAGAAGGAUCGUACUGACUGAGCAGUGAAAUAAGUUGUUAUGAGCUGAACACAGUUGAUUUGGAAAACUGUUCACAUUAUUGCAUAUUUUGCAAAAUUGUGAUUUAUAUGAUAGAUGAUAUUAUCAUACAUGUCUGUUACUGUUUCAUCAAGUAAGGUUAUGUGAUAAUUGUAGAAUAUUUGCUCCUAAACAGGGUGUAAGAUAGUGAUUGCAGAAGUAAAAGUAAUUGGGACAAGUCAUAACAAUGCUUCUUUUGAAGAGUGGCAAGUAUAUGAGAAGGUUUUGUAUGUUCAUGGCAAAGAAAUUUGUGUUCAGAUUUCCACAUGCGUGUCCAUUGGACCUCAUUACUCUUGAAUAUUGUUGUUUGAUUUAAAACUGCUGGAUGCUUAGUGUCUUGAGUGUUGUCACAGGUGUUUGUAUUAUUGUUGAAUAUGGUAUAACCAGGUGAGGCUUUGUGGUUACUUGGGACAUGAUUUGAUUUUUCUGAAUUACAUUUUGUUUAGCUCAGGCAUAAAUUUUUACCAAUGUACAAUUAAUUUAACAAAGAUAAGCAGUAGGAUAGUUUGUAGCCUAGAAAUAAGCAGCAAAAAAUGUAUUUACAGGUGAAUUAUGCUUAUUUUUUUAUGAACUAACAACUACCAAAAGUAGUAUAAAUCUUUGUUGAAUAUUUCAUGAUUAAUUUGGAUAUUUUUCUUCAAAAGAAAGUUUUCUAUUUGUUAUUUUAUUUUAACAAAAAAAUAUAUAAUAGCCAUUUCAGAUUCAUUAGGUUACCAUUAUUUCUAUGUAUUUUGUGUCAUUUUCUUUUCUUUACAUUGGAAUACUAAAUUAUAACUGUUCUAGUUGUUUAUUGCAUCUUAUAGUAUCAUGACAGAAUUAAAUAUUAAUGGUAUAGUUUUAAAAAUGAACAUAAUUUUUUGGUAGCCCUUAGUCUUAAUAGAAUCAUUCCAGAAGUUAACAUUAAUUUUAAACAUUUGAUAUUAUUUGAUAUUAUAGAUCUUUAUCCAAGAAAGUGAUCCUAGCUAAGGAUUAUAUCAGAAAGUUGAGAUAUAUAUGGAGGAAUGAAAAAUAACCAGUGACUUUUUUUUCCAACUUUGAUAACUACUUAAUUUGAAAGAUGUAAUGUCUAUUUUUCUUCUUUAUGUGAUUCUUUGAAUGCUUAACAGAAAAUUAAAAGAAAAAGAAAAUCACAGAAUCAUGAGAUGUUUGGACAGGAGCAAUUUGUUAACACCAUACAUCAAUUAACUUUUGUUUUCUAGUACAGUUGAAACUUGAGCAUCAGUUGCUUACAUCAUUUGUUUUUCUUUGUUGUAACAUAAGGUCAAGAGUUUAGCAUUGUAGAUCAAACUUUUAUAAAGAGCCUUGAAUAUAUAGGUGAUUGACAUUAGAUAUUUCAGAAGUUUUGCUGAAACAUUGAGUAAAAGAACUAUAGCAGUGCUAAGGAGUUUCUUAUUCUGAAGAGGUAAUGGUGAAGCUAGUGGUAGCAUUGGCGGGGAAGCAGGAGGGUUAUCAAAUCUAUAGUGAUUGUAUAGCACACUGUUGGCCCCAUAAUCAAGCUUUUGCACUGGUUAACCAUGAGAAAUUUAGACUGGUAGGAGUAUUCUGUGGUGGAUGUAAAUUUCAACUAAAAUAUGUGGUUCCUUGAAAAAGCAGAAAACAAAGAAAGUAAUCUUGCUGAUUCACAAGAGCACAUGUCUGAGGAAUCCUAACCAUGGGAGUGAAGCCAAUGUCUGGAGAUCCUGCAAGUAAGUGGACAUGUGGUUUUUGCGAUAUCGGCUCUUUGACUUAGAUAUAUUGGACCGUAUUGACGUCAGAAGUUCAAAUGAAUGCUUUGGGAAUGAAAUAUGAAAGGAAAAGAUUUGAUGUGAGAGUUGUAUAAAUGCUUGGAAUUGACAGAUAUUUCAUCCUUCAGACAACACUAGAUUUGAUAUGGCUUUGUACUUUUAAAAAACUUGAAUGCACUUCAAAUCUUUUGGAAACAUUCUGACUUGAUUCCUAUGUAGGAAUCACUGCAAAAAGAAAGAAAGAAUGUAUGAUGCAUAUUUUUCUAUACAUUAAUUAAAGCUAAUGGAUAUGGAAUUGCCUCAAUAUCUAUGGAUUUUUGGAUAAAGAAGAAAUGCCCGAGGAAUUGCAAUUACAAGAAUGCCCCCUCAAAAAAAAUUAAAACUUUGUAAAACGUAAUUAUAACUAAAUGCAGAGCAAAAACAUUAUCAUGGUUUGAGGUUUGCAUCUUCAUUGCUAUUAAUUUUCAGAUUCUUUGAAACUGUAUUUCAUUAUUUGGUAAAUAAUGUUUCAUCAGUCUGUAUGAAAAGACAUAGACACCAAUGCACAAAACGAAAAACAUGAAUACUGGAGUUCUUAUACCCACUAUAUAUGUUUACAUAACAGUAGCAAUUCUGUUUCAAGUAUCAUAAUGUUGUCAAGGAGUUAAAGUUUGUUUGUUAAGUGUUGUGAAGAUGGUUAGUGGUUCUGGUAAGUUAUAUAGAAUAUUUUUUUUUCUAAUGAUAUUUUUAAUUGUCUUAUUUUUUAUUUCCUUUCUUGCUCUUUUCAUAGAAAGAAGUAACAUCUGUUUAUGGGAUUUGGUUACAUGAACAAGACUUUAGUAGCUGGAGAGAUGAUUUCUGCAAUAUACACCUCAGUUUUGUUUCAUUAUAUUAAAGCUAUAUUUUUAUAAUUUCAAAUUGUUAUAUGGAUUAAAGGCAUAGUAGAUAUGCUUAGUUAUACAUUCAUUUAAUUUAAGAUCUUAUCCCUGUGUCUUAACAAUUCCUUUAUAGUUAUAGAGAUCAAUGCAGAACGGUGUAGAAAAUAAAGUAAAAUAAAGUUAACACCUACCACUAUCUUUAGAAUGGCAUUUUACUUUGUCAGGGAUAUUAUUGCUAAUACAAGUGCAUUUAUGUCCACAUUAAGAGUGACUUUUUAUUUGAAUGGAUUUGUUAUUUGAACCUGUAUAUCUCUCUUUUUUUCUAAUUAAUUGAAGAUGGAGCCAAAGAAGGAAUUUGUUGUUUUUUGUUUGUUUUACUAAGGGUCCAUGAAAGAAUGCAUUCCUUUAUGAACUGACACUUUUCUGUUUGAUCUAGCAUGUUGUCUUUUUUGUACAUUCUCUUCUGCUUUUAUUUUAAAAGUUAAUGUAUUGUAUAAGCUUGCAGUUGAAGCACAAAUUUGGCUUAUUUUUGUUUGACUUUUUUAGAGAAGAAAAGGUUUAUAUUUACUGACGUUAAUCCAAAAUGUUAAGUGACUUAUAGUAUAGAUGAUCUUGAGAACUUAAGCAGAUUAUUCUUUUGAACAGGUGGUAUGACUGAUUAGUUGCUUUUUGUUAUUAAGAGUUGAGUAAAACAGACAUUAGAAAUGUAUAAUUUCCAUGAUGUUUUCCCUUUUUUUGCACAAGCAGCUAUACAGUAUAGCUUUGUUGAUUGAUUUGUGUAUGCAUUUAAGACCAUUGAUUUGAUAUCAGAAAUUAUGUCUGGUAUUAGAUGUACCAUAGGUUAUUAAGCAACAAAGGAUUUUACCGAGAAUUUCACAUAACACAAGUAUUCAACUUUUGUAUAAGUUUUAAGAAAGAAAUUAACACAAUAAAGUUCAAACAUUUGCAUUUUGUACAAACACGCACUUGAGAUACUGUUUGACACAUUAUGGCAUCUCCGCUCAUUGAAGCCGUCUCUGAAAUCUUACUUUGAAAAAACCGACAAUCAGCAUUUCCAAAUGUGAUCAAUUUUGUCCCAGUUUUUUUUAGUAUAAAAUCUGAUGUGUAGUUCUUUUCUUGCUAACUGGAUGGAAGGAUCGCAGAGUUAGCAAGGUAGGGGAAAAGAGCCGUUUAUUUUUUUGGCAUUUAAUCGCAGUUUGGGUUAU